AUGUCAUGCGAUUUCCGGGGAAAAGAUCUAUACAGUGUUCAGAUUUCAGGAGAACAUUGUGGUGGUAAAUGUGCUCAAACUCCAGGAUGCACUCAUUUCGCAUGGACUAAGUACAACGGUGGUACGUGUUGGAUGAAAACAGGUGGAGCAUCGAAAAGUGAUGCAUUCGCAACCAGUGAUCCGAAUAUGGUCUGUGGUGUCAUAGCUAACAAACCAGAAAAUAAAGCUAGCGGAACUACUACUCGAUACUGGGACUGCUGCAAGCCCAGUUGUGGUUGGCCUGGAAAAGUUUCCGGAUCGAAUGCUCAUGUGAAAAGCUGUCGUAGAGACGGUUACGGUACAUGGAAUGAUGGAAAUGUGCGUAGUGGAUGUGAUGGAGGUGAAGCCUUUUCUUGCAAUAAUCAUAUACCAUGGGCUGUGAGUAAUCAACUUGCCUAUGGAUUUGCUGCCGCAACAAUACCAGGAUUAUCGGAACAGCAACGUUGCUGCGCUUGCUACAAAUUAGAUUUCACGAGUGGUCCCGUUGUCGGAAAGUCGAUGAUUGUGCAGAUCGUUAACAGCGGUUCUGAUGUAAGUGCAAAUCAAUUUGACUUGCAAAUUCCUGGUGGAGGCGUUGGAAUUUUCAAUGGCUGUACUUCCCAGUGGAAAUCGCCAAGUGAAGGUUGGGGCAGACGCUACGGUGGUGUUUCGUCUCGUCAAGAGUGCUAUAAUCUUCCCCCUGCUAUUCGAGAUGGGUGCUUUUUUAGAUUUGACUGGUUUAAAGGAGCCGACAAUCCAAAUAUGGUGUAUUCUAGAGUGCAAUGUCCUAAAGAGCUUGUCAAACGUACGGGAUGCUCUCGAAACGACUAA